AUGUCCGCGUCGAUCUUUUGCAGGCGCGGAGGAGCAGUGCAGAGCUUCUCCCACAGCACUGCCGAGCUGGAGCGGGAGGGCCACGGCGACGCUGACACAGAUGCCGGUGGAGGCGGCGCUGAACCGCAAGAACGUGGAGCCGGCGCCGAGGACGCGUGGGUGCCCGACCAGGAGACUGGCGUCUUCGUCCCGGCCGACGAGACGUCCGGCGACGGCGACGGGAAGAACAGGAUUAACGGAGCCGACGGCGGCGGCGCGCGCGGGCAGGCCGGGCCGUCGGUGCUGGACCAGGCGGUGUUCGUCCGCGAGGAGGACAUGGAGGACGUCGAGAGGCCCGCCGUCGGCACCGUGGACGUGGCCGACGCUGACGCCAGCGCCAAGUGA